CAUCCCCAGGUCCUCUAUAAAUUCAUUGACAUUGCACUGCUAAACCCUACAGCAAAGUUUUUUUCCUUCUCUUGUUCUUCACGCUUCCAGAUUUUUCCUAGCUAACAUACCAAAGAGAACAUAAACAAUAUAUAGACACAGAAGCUGUCUCUGAUAAUUGGAGUAAGAAAGAAGAGAACAUGUGUUUGGAGUUUGUGUAUCACGAGGAGAAGAGGGAGCUUGGUCGGCAACAAGCACCGGGUGUGUGUCCAUAUUGCGGCGGAAAAGUGUCGGCGGUGGAUAUCGAGACGAAGUGGUUGUUAUGUUUCUUACCACUUUGUUUCAAGGUCAAACGCAAUUACUCUUGCUCUUCAUGUGAUCGUCGUCUAGUCUUGUAUUAUUGA